AUGCAAGGAAUCGUUGUUUUCUAUGACCUCCAGAUCGACGUGAUUCAACGUAUGAUUCUAAUCCAUCUUGCCCUGCUCAUCUUCAACACCAUCAUCAAAUGCGAUCUGAACUAUACUGGCCAGACUCCGGAUGUUACUGCAGCUCGGCUCGUUUUGGAGGCUGCUAUCACACUUCUACUCCCAGUAGGCGUAAAUUCUUCCGCUACUAAAAUGCACCACUUUUUAUUGUUAAGCUUUUUUAGUUGUCAUAAUUUUUCAAUUGCAUAA